GUUCGCGUCGGCGGAGAGGCCGCGACAACCGCAUCAGAGCUGACGUGGGCGCGACGUGGGGCCGCAGCCGCCGGGUUGCCUGGGCGGCGGCCGUCGGGCUCUGCGUCCCCACCUCCUCCCGUCCGUAAUCAAUGACGAGGUCCGCUACGUAAACCCUUUGCGGCGGGAUAAAUAAAGAAGAAAACAGGGAAGGAACAAAGCAUUGAUUACACAUGUAAUAAUAAUGAGCAAAUGUGGCAGGAAAAAGUAUAUGAGGACAAAUGUAAGGCAAAUGACCAUGGAAACAGUUGAAUCACAGCAGGAUCGAAGUGUAACACAUUCUGUGGCAGAGCAUAGCUCUGCUCAUAUGCAGACUGGCCAAAUUUCUGUUCCUACUCUAGCUCAGGUUUCUGUAGCUGGAUCAGGCACUGGAAGAGGCUCCCCAGCUGUGACUCUAGUGCAGUUACCUUCAGGCCAAACUGUACAGGUCCAGGGAGUAAUUCAGACACCACAUCCAUCGGUUAUUCAGUCACCACAAAUACAAACUGUUCAGGUAGCAACAAUUGCAGAGACAGAUGAUUCUGCAGACUCAGAAGUAAUCGAUUCGCAUAAACGUAGAGAAAUUCUUUCACGAAGACCCUCAUAUAGAAAAAUACUGAAUGAACUUUCCUCUGAUGUGCCUGGUAUUCCCAAGAUUGAAGAAGAAAAAUCAGAGGAAGAAGGGACACCACCUAACAUUGCUACCAUGGCAGUACCAACUAGCAUAUAUCAGACUAGCACGGGGCAAUACAUUGCUAUAGCCCAAGGUGGAACAAUCCAGAUUUCUAACCCAGGAUCUGAUGGUGUUCAGGGACUCCAGGCAUUAACAAUGACAAAUUCAGGAGCUCCUCCGCCGGGUGCUACAAUUGUACAGUACGCAGCACAAUCAGCCGAUGGCACACAGCAGUUCUUUGUCCCAGGCAGCCAGGUUGUUGUUCAAGAUGAGGAGACUGACCUUGCCCCAAGUCACAUGGCUGCUGCCACAGGUGACAUGCCAACUUACCAGAUCCGAGCUCCUACUACCGCUUUGCCACAAGGUGUGGUGAUGGCUGCCUCACCAGGAAGUCUGCACAGUCCCCAGCAACUAGCAGAAGAAGCAACUCGCAAGCGGGAGCUGAGGCUGAUGAAAAACAGGGAAGCUGCCCGGGAGUGUCGCAGGAAGAAGAAAGAAUAUGUCAAAUGUCUUGAAAAUCGUGUGGCUGUGCUUGAAAAUCAAAACAAGACCCUCAUUGAGGAACUCAAGGCCCUCAAAGACCUUUAUUGCCAUAAAGCAGAGUAACUGUGUUUGACUUGGACCUUGUUGACUGUGAACUCUAAUCGGGGCAGGUGAUGGCAGCAUCCUUAUAAUGGCCAUGUGGACUUGUAGAUGGGUCUCUUAACGGUUGCUUAAGAAUGCAAGUCUGCUGUAGGGUGUGAGUUGGGAAUUCUGUUCUCAAUUCCCUGGGUUGGAAUUCAGCUCUCCUCACAACCAAGCUUGCUCUAUUGCCAAUAGCAUGCAACAUAUGUUUUGUUUGCCCUUUUGCUUCUACUUUUUUCAGGGAAGCUGCUAAAGAAUGUCGACGUCGAAAGAAAGAGUAUGUGAAGUGUCUGGAGAGUCGAGUCGCAGUGCUGGAAGUUCAGAACAAGAAGCUUAUAGAGGAGCUUGAAACCUUGAAAGACAUUUGCUCUCCCAAAACAGAUUAGUAGAAAUAUUUAACUAUGAACUGAUUACAGCAUGUACAGUUGCUUUUGAAUGCAAUACAAUAUAUAGCCGGCAAGAAUUAUGGCUUUUUCCUUUGUAUCAUUCAUCUAACUUUCUAAAACUAACAUUCCUAAGAUGCUUCAUUGUAUUUAAUUUGCUCUUACCUCUAAGGUCAAUUUUUUAGAAGAGACAAACUGUAAAAAAUGUAUGUAACAAAUUCUUAAAAUGAAAUAUUUGUAAGACUUGUUCCAGUGCAACAUAUUUGCAGUUCCCAAGUCUCCCUGUCAUGAAUAGUGUCCUAUGCAAUACAAAUUUUGCGGGUUUUAAGAAUCAUUUUAGGGAAGGAUGAUCAAAGGCAGUGCAUCUCUCCAGUAGUACGAUAAAAUCAACCCACAGAGAUACCUCAGGAACAAUGAAAGGAAGUGUAUCCUGAUGACAUGGCUAUAUGAGAAUAGCCUAGGAAUGAAUUUGUGCAUUUAUAGAUUUUUAUAAUCGUCACUUUGUAAAGAAAAUAUUGUAUUGCUGUCCUUGGGUGCCGCAGUUAAAGACAGUUUUCAAUAGAACCAUGUUGGUUGCUCUUUGUACUAUGUGGUGUUUAUUUAAGUAUUUGAACAUUUACUACAGCUUCCUAGUAUGUGUAAUCCUACAGAAGUUUGUGCUGCUUUGCUAUUACCUAAUGAAAGAGACAACAUAUUUUUAUUAUUUGGAAUGAGUUCCACAAGUAUGAACUUAUUGCUAUACUGGGUCAACCUUGCAAAUACUGGACUGUUUCAUCAGAGGACAACUGCAGGGUUCUAGGGACAGAGUUCAAUGUGGAGCACUUGCCUAACAUGUGCAAGGCUACAUGUUCAAUCAACAGCACUGUAACAAAACUGAGUGAUAGUGUUUGAAAGGGAAGACCUAGAGGUCUGCACAUGGGAUGAGGGGCAGAGGUCAGAGUCAGCCUUUGUGCUGUACUAGGCUUCCUGCUGAUGGUCUGGAGAGUUUCUGCUGAUGGCCCUCCAUUGUGAAUUCUUGCAGCCUCAGGAAUGUUAACAUUUUAAA